AUGCCACCGAAACUCUCUAAAAGCGCCAAACAGGAUCUGAUCCUGACCCACCUCCGCUCCACCGGUACCUGUCACACGCUCAAAGACCUGGAAAAGAUGCUGCCCUCGGUGGCCUCGAUCAAUGGGAUCCAGGUCAAGGAAUACAUUCAGGCAUUGACCGAUGAAAACAAGCUUCGCGUCGAAAAGAUCGGCAGCGGCAACUGGUACUGGAGCUUCAGCAGCGAUGAAAAGCUGGAGCGUGAGCGGCAACUGGCCCGGGUGAGAACGGAGGUGGAGAAAACCCGCAAAUCCUGCGCCAACGCUGAGGCGGCCCUGACCGCCGAGACCGGCCGUCGGCUGGAGGAGACAGAUUACGAUGGGCUGGAACAAGAACGCGAGGCCCUCGUGGCCACCAAGGCCGAAUUAGAGACCGAGGUUGCUCGCCUCCGGAAUGCGGCGCAGCCUGACUCGGUCAGCAGCAAGGGAGUCACGCAGGUCCAGGACGAGCUGGCGGGGUUUCGGGAAGAUGCCCUGCAGUGGACGGACAAUAUCUACGUGCUGGAGGAGUAUUUGCGCAAGUUGGCGGGCGGGGAUCGGGAGAUUGUCGAGGCGGUGCAGCGCGAGUGCUACGGCGACGAGUAUGUAGACGGGGGGCUACGAGAAGUGGGAUGA